GAGGUAAAGCGGUAACACUGAGAUGGAGACCAAGGUGGAAAAAAGGGAACAGUGGAGGAAGAAAAGGGAAUAUAUUCUGGCAUCAGCAGGCAAUGUGGUGGGCCUGGGCAAUGUGUGGAGGUUCCCCUACCUGUGCUAUAAGAAUGGAGGAGGUGUCUUCCUGUUGCCUUACUGUUUCUUUGCUUUACUGUGUGGCCUGCCACUUUUCCUGCUGGAGACUGUGAUUGGUCAGUACAUGCAGGAGGGCGCCAUCACCUGUUGGACCAAGGUCUGCCCACUGGCAAAAGGAACAGGCUAUUCUAUCAUAAUUAUCCAGCUGUAUUCCAGACUAUACAUUAUUGUACUAGCCUGGGCUCUCCUGUACCUCAUCUAUUGUUUUCAAGACCCUUUGCCCUGGGCCACCUGCAACAAUCCCUGGAACACAGAUAGAUGUGUGGACCUCACCUCUGCAAACAGGACUGAAAUACACAACAGCAACCUGAUGGUAAACUGGACAUCCGGAAAUCUCACCAAGUCUUCAGCCUCUGAGUUCUGGGAAAGAGGAGUGCUGUCCAUGUCUGGGGGAUUAGAGGAGGCUGGUACAGUAAAGUGGGAACUGUUGCUGUGUCUCCUGGCCUGCUGGGUGGUCUGCUACUUCUGCAUCUGGAAAGGAGUGCGCUCCACAGGAAAGGUGGUGUAUUUCACGGCUGUGUUCCCCUACGUGAUGCUGGCCAUCCUGCUGAUCAGGGGGUUGACGUUGCCAGGAGCUUGGCAGGGUGUGGUCUAUUACCUGUAUCCAGAUCUCUCUCGUCUGGCAGACCUUCAGGUGUGGAUAGAGGCUUGCCAGCAGGUCCUCUUCUCCUAUGGUGUUGCAUCAGGAACCUUAAUCACCCUGGGCAGCUACAAUAAAGUUGAGAACAACUGUUACAGGGACAGUCUGUGGUUGUGUUUGCUCAACAGUUGCACCAGCUUUGUUGGUGGCUUUGCAGUUUUCUCAGCUCUAGGAUUCAUGGCCCAUCAACAGGGAGUUCCCAUCAAUUUGGUGGUUGACUCAGGCCCUGGGCUGGCAUUCAUUGCUUUUCCUCAGGCUGUAGCCAUGAUGCCCCUGCCUCAGCUGUGGGCUGUCUGCUUCUUCCUUAUGCUCAUCAUGUUGGGGCUGGACACAGUGUUUGCAGGUUUAGAAACGAUAACGUCAUCAGUGAUUGACAUGUUCCCAGGACAAAUGCGCCGACCUUGGCGCAGAGAAAUCUUCCUUGUCGUCUUCUGCACUGUCUUCUUCUUCCUGGAGAUCCCUCUUGCCACUCAGGGAGGAGUGUACCUGUUCCAGCUCAUUGACUACUAUGGUGCCAAUGGAGCAUGUAUAUUGUUUGUGUCUCUGACCCAGUGUCUGGCUGUUAGCUGGGCUUUUGGAGCUGAAAGGAUGUGUGAUGCAGUUGAAACUAUGACAGGACAGAGACCAUGGGUUGUUUUCAAACUGUGCUGGCUUUACUUUACCCCUCUGAUCUGCACGGUUUGCUUCAUCUGCUCAUUUCUGGACUACCAACCCCUGACAUCCAGCGGGGGCUAUAUGUACCCGGACUGGGCCUAUCCUCUGGGCUGGGCCAUCGCCUUGUCCUCUAUGGUCGCAAUACCCAUCUGGGCUGUUGGCAAGAUCUGCCUCACUGAGGGCAGCCUCAGGCAGCGUCUGUUGGUCCUGUGGUAUCCUGUUCGAGAGCCUGUUGAUCCCAAGACAAACAAAGAAGAACUCCUAAAUCACACAGAGAUGAAGACAAUCUCAGCCCCUCUCCAUGACAUAGUAUAAGUUGGAAUGAAAUGUACUUCUGAAUUUCAACUAAAAGAAGAGCAUGUUUUUUAAGGUA